AUGUCGCGAUUGACGUUUCGACCACCAUCGCAGCAAGUACGAGCGUGGAUCACUUCGUUCAUGCUGCUGCUCGAUCUCAAAGUGGGAUGCACAGUAAUCACCUUUUUCGCACUGUUCAACAAGAUUGCCGGCAUAUUCGGCAUCAUUGCCGUCUUUAGCGGAGGGACCUUUGCGCAAAUCACGCUCUACAUUUACAGCAUCGGCACGAUCGGAUUGCUGUUGUGGGCACUGAGGGGCAUUUCGGAUGAAAAUGCGUGCAAAACCUUGAGAUUCGCUCACCUCUUCCUCGCCGAUCAUCUCGUCUCUUCCUUUUGGACAUUGCACUUUGCCAUGCAUUGGUACACUCUGCAACCUCAUGAUGGAUCCAAACCUCAAUUGGCGCCUCAUCAAGCAGGUCUGAUGGAUCUCAUCGAAAAGAUUGAGAAUAGCUACGAGAUUCCUGGAAGCAUCAAACAUCACGUGCCCCUGGCUGGACAGGAGAGGGUGGAUGCUGCUCAGCAAGUGUGGAAGGAGGAGAGGAGCUUUUCAGCUGCUGUGCUCGCAGCUGGGUGGGUGCUCAAGGUGAGGCGCAAGAUGCAUCCGCAGUCACGUGUGAGACGGGCCGCUCAAUACAGAAAAGUCACACCGUUUUUCCUUCCCCUUGCCCCGCAGGUGUACUUUGCCCUCAUCCUCUAUUCGUACGCCCUUCAUCUGCGCCACGGCACCUACCACUCGCUCUGGCAAUCCAAAUCAGGCACGCCAGGUACGGGCCAUUUGAGGAUGCGCUCUAGGGGCUAUCAACAAGUGCCCGCAGAAGCUCACGAUCUGCUGCCACGCUCUCAAUCGACCCAUGCACGUGCUGCUGGCGAUGCGAAUGGAGGGGUGGAUGAACUGCCUGCUUGGAGCGAAGAGGAGGAUGAGGUUCAAGAAGAGGAGGAUGAGAAUGAGGGAAGAGCAAGGAUACCGGCAGUUCGGCUUGACCGGCCUGCGGAGGAUGCGAAGGGGUAUGCGGGCGCGGGCCAGAAGGCUUCGAAUGCCCGCAUGACGCGCACUGCCUCUAGCUCUAGCACGAGGGAAUCCUGA